CGUUUUCUGCGUCACGCUGUUUCUCGAUGUUUGCUAACGUGCUAUUACCUGAAUCCACCUCUACACACACAGGCUGACCUGCUAGCUAACAGUUAGCCAGCUGGCCUUUUGACAUUUUAAUUCAAGAGACAGAUGAUGGCAGACCUGGGCAUGAGAGCAGGAGACAGGGUGAUGCUGGUGUGGGCUCAGCCCUCAGACCCAGCCGCCCUGAAACAGCAGGCGGAGGAGCUGGGGGCCAUCGUAGGUGCAGACAAAGUGUCAGUGGAGAACAUGGAGAGAUUACUGAUGUCCUCCCACUCAGCGUCCUCCUUUGACUGGGUGCUCUCUGGCCUCGUGGCAGACAGCUCCUCCAUCCACAGCUCAGAGACUCUGGCAGAAAUUGCCAAAGUGCUAAAACCAGGAGGGAAGCUCAUCCUUGAGGAAGUACUAACAGGAGCUGAGGCCCAGAGUGUGAGGACAGCUGACAGACUCAUGUCCGCCCUGAAGUUGUCGGGCUUCAUGUCGGUUACACAGGUGAGUGAAGCAACUCUGAGUCCUGAGGCGCUGACCUCUCUCAGGACGGCCACUGGUUACCAAGGAAACACUCUGUCUAAAGUCAGAGUUUCUGCCUCUAAACCUAACUUUGAGGUUGGAUCCUCCAGCCAGCUUAAACUGUCCUUUGGCAAAAAGCCAGCAGAGAAACCUGCUCUGGAUCCCAACACCGUCAAAAUGUGGAACCUCUCAGCCAAUGACAUGGACGAUGACGAUGUGGAUCUGGUGGACUCGGAUGCUCUGCUGGAUGAAGAUGACAUGAAGAAGCCAGACCCAGCUUCUCUUAAAGCAACCAGCUGUGGAGGAGAGGCUAAGAAGAAAGCCUGCAAGAACUGCACAUGUGGUCUUGCAGAGGAGUUGGAGCAGGAGAGUAAAGGAAAACAAACGACCAACCUCCCAAAAUCUGCCUGUGGAAGUUGUUACCUUGGUGAUGCGUUCCGAUGUGCCAGCUGUCCCUACGUGGGGAUGCCAGCGUUCAAACCAGGAGAAAAGAUCGUGCUGGACAACAAGACGCUGACCGAUGCUUAAACCCCCCCCCCCACUCGAGACUCAUUCCUUACUUUUCUCUUCCAGCCUGAGACCCGAUUCCCUCCCCCCAGAGUUCAGAGCUUUUUCGGUCCUUGCAGAUGUGAUGGGUGAUUUUGCCCGUCUGUCUGCUUAGUGAGAUGGCUUCAGUUUGGUGCGUUAAGAGUCAACAACAUCAUCCUUUUUUCUUCAGUGACUCACCACCAGACUGUGCUGCCCUCAAGUAUAAACUAUUUCAAGCCACGUCUGAGUUUCUUAAUUUGAGAGUAUUGCCAUGAAGGAUGAGCUUUAAAAUAAAUGAAAAUAAUGCACUGUCAA